AUGGAUAAGGGCGAUAUGGGCGGCCCUGCCGCCAACAACUCCAGCGACUUUGUUCGCAAGUUGUAUAAAAUGCUCGAGGACCCUUCCUACGACAAUGUUGUUCGAUGGGGUGAAGGCGGCGAGAGUUUUGUGGUGCUCGAUAAUGACAAGUUCACGAAGAACAUCCUACCAAAGCACUUCAAGCACAGCAAUUUUGCUUCGUUCGUUCGCCAGUUGAACAAGUAUGAUUUCCACAAGGUCCGCCAGAACAACGAAGAUAGCGCUCCGUCGAUAUAUGGGCCAAACGCAUGGGAAUUCAAGCAUCCCGAAUUCCAGGCGAACAAGAAAGACUCUCUAGACAACAUUAGAAGAAAGGCUCCCGCACCGCGAAAGGCUCCCCAAAACAUGGAUGAGCAAUUCCCUACCCACCAGAUGGAUCUUGUCAAUAGCCAAUUAAUGGCCACCCAAACACAGCUUCAACACCUUUCCGAGAUGUACCAAGACCUUGCCCAGGGCCAUGUUACAUUACUUCAGCAAGUUGUCAACCUACAAAAGUUCGUCAAGAAUCAUGAUGGGGUUAUGCAUCGGGUGAUGGGAUUCUUGCACGAUGUGGAUGCUCAACAACGACGGGCCAGUCGCGUCGUAGGACCAUUUGGCACUGCGGGUAUGGGAGGAGAUGGAAGCGCAAAUGAUGACGAUCAUCCGGCAUCCCCAUUGCAAAAGGCUUCAGCUCUGCUGGAAGAGUUCUCGACCGCCAACUUGCCUGACAAGAAUCUGGAACAGAUGAGCCACGAUUUCCAUCUUCGAAAUGAGUUUUCUGCAACUCCGACUGAUCAAGGAUCUUCUUCUAUGGCGCCAAGAGCAGAGCAUUCGAGCACUCAUAUUGGGUACCCAGUGGGUAACGAUCUGGACAACAUGGUCUACCCGGUCGGACACACGAACGGAAUUGAUCCCAUAAAUAGCGAGCAUAUUCAUAACAUCCCGUACUCCUUACCGGCGAACGGUCUACUACCCGUCGAGACGGCCAUGCCAGAGAUGAUGGCGGACGUGAGCUCUGUCCCUGGAAGGAAGAAGAGCUCAGCGGAUUCUGUUUGGGGAAUGACAAAGCCUCGGAUCUUGCUGGUUGAGGACGAUAAAGUCUGCGCACGGAUCGGUUCCAAGUUUCUGCAAGCUUUUGAAUGUGGGGUCGAGACUGCUCGCGACGGACUUGAGGCAGUCAAUAAGAUCAACCACGGAGGUGCGAAUUUCGAUCUCAUCUUAAUGGAUAUCAUCAUGCCACACCUAGACGGCGUAUCAGCAACAGUGUGUAUCAGAGAGAUCAGACCCAAUCUUCCCAUCAUCGCCAUGACAUCAAACAUCAGAGCCGAUGAUAUUGACAUGUAUUUCCGUUAUGGUAUGAAUGAUGUUCUGCCGAAGCCCUUCACCAAAGAAGGAAUGCUGCGAGCUCUAGAGAAACACUUGUCCCAGUUCAAGAAGAACGCACCUUUCCCACCAACUGGAGGACCUCAGAUGGGACACCCUGGUAGAUUCGUAACUCCAAACCCCGGUCAAGCUCCACUGGGUCUGAACAUGGGACAAUUGUCAGCUACACAAUCGUUGAAAGAUGAGUCUUCUCCUGGCAAGUCACCCGUGACAGCUUCAUCCUGGCACUCGCCAAGCCAACUUCCUGGACCAUCCCCCAUCGGAAAUACGCCAGGCGGAUACAUGCAACCCAUGGGAGAUAGCCGACAGUACACCAUGACACCAACACAUCCUCAUCCUCAAACGGGCUUUGGGCCUCCUCCAAAUGCUCAAAUGGGAACUCCCAGGACAGGCGCGCACCGAAGGGUUAUAUCUGACAUGAGCGGAGGUCCGCAGGACGAGCAUCCUGACAAGAGGCAAAGGAUGUACCCUCCCACCGGUUUCCAGCAAUGA